CUCUCUCGUGGGAUACAGACCGCUAUUCUCAGACCUCCAGAGCCAGUGUCGAACAACUGUGGCCUUAUAAAAAGGACCGUGAAAGCAGCGCUACACAUUUAAUGGAGAAGCACUGAAUGAACUGCUCGCACAUUUGGAUGUAGAUUCCUGCCUGGGGGAAUUACUUGCACUGUGAGGCGACUGCAGACAGGCUUUCUCAGUUUCUCAAAGUGGCAUGUUAUGGCUGUCUAGAGUAAUACGUCAGCCACACACAGACGACAACAUGAAGGUGACAACCCUGCUCAUCAUUUGCUCCUGUCUGAUCUUAGGGAGUCUGGGGAAGCCACAAUUCCCUGAGAAAGAGAAGGAUCCGAAGUAUUGGAAUGCGGGGGCUCAGCAGACCCUAAGGACAGCUCUGACUCUGCAAACUCUCAAUACAAACAAAGCAAAAAAUCUCAUCCUCUUCCUCGGAGAUGGCAUGGGCAUUCCCACGGUGACAGCUGCUCGGAUUUUGAAGGGUCAGCUGAACGGACAGAGUGGAGAAGAGACGCAGCUGGAGAUGGACAAAUUCCCUUUUGUAUCUUUGGCCAAGACCUACAACACUAAUGCACAGGUGCCAGACAGCGCAGGCACAGCUACAGCUUACCUCUGUGGAGUCAAGGCCAACGAAGGUACGGUGGGCGUGAGUGCAGCUGCUGUCCGAUCCCAGUGUAACACCACAGAAGGAAACGAGGUCACCUCCAUCCUCAGAUGGGCUAAGGAUGCAGGCAAGUCAGUGGGAAUAGUGACGACAACCCGUGUCAACCAUGCGACUCCCAGUGCUUCUUACGCCCACAGUGUGGACAGAGACUGGUACUCUGACAAUGAGAUGCCAGCUGAAGCCCUGCAGGCCGGCUGCAAGGAUAUCGCCAGACAGCUCUUCGAAAACAUUCCCAACAUUGAUGUGAUUAUGGGUGGAGGGAGGAAGUACAUGUUCCCCAAAAACACAUCGGAUGUUGAGUACCCUAGUGUGGCGAAGCACAGCGGCACACGGAAAGACGAAAGAAACCUGGUGCAGGAGUGGAUUGACAGAAUGAAGGAUAAAAAAGGCCAUUAUGUAUGGAACAAGAAGCAGCUCUUAUCACUGAACCCUAACAAUGUGGAUUACUUAUUGGGUCUCUUUGAACCUGGGGAUCUGACGUAUGACUUGGAGAGGAACACCGAAACUGAUCCUUCAUUGACGGAAAUGGUUGAAGUGGCCAUCAAGAUCCUGAGGAAGAACCCCAGUGGAUUUUACCUGCUUGUAGAAGGGGGACGUAUUGACCAUGGACACCAUGAGGGCAAGGCCAAGCAAGCUCUGUACGAAGCUGUGGAAAUGGACCGGGCCAUAGGCCGGGCAGAUCUCAUGACAAGCAUCCACGAUACAAUGACCAUAGUUACUGCUGACCAUUCUCACAUGUUCAACUUUGGAGGCUACACAGCCAGAGGAAACACAAUAUUUGGUCUGGCCCCCAUGUUGAGUGAUGUUGAUCAAAAGCCCUUCACCUCCAUUUUGUAUGGGAACGGACCAGGGUAUAAACUUGUCAAUGGUGUGAGGGAGAAUGUGUCCACUAUUGACUACGAGGAAAACAACUACCAGGCCCAGGCGGCCGUACCUCUGAGCAUGGAGACUCAUGGAGGAGAGGAUGUUGCUGUAUUUGCUAAAGGUCCCCUGGCUCACCUGCUUCAUGGGGUCCAUGAGCAGAACUACAUCCCCCAUGUAAUGGCAUAUGCAGCCUGCAUCGGCCAGAACAGGGAACACUGUAUGUCGCGCUCAGGGACUGCUGAUUUACGCCCCGUCCUCUCUGGCAUCGUAGCCCUUCUCACAGUCACCCGACUUCUCUGCUGACCUAUCCCUGACAAUUGUAAUUCUGUUAAUACCCUUAUUUUAACCAGUUGUGCAGUACAUUUUAAGAUUUAAGUUUUUUAUCAUUUUUAAACAUUUUCUAGUUUCAUCGUACACUAUUUUGAUCAUGGGACCACUAUUAAGGCACUCUCUUGUUAUGAUAAUUAAAAUAAGGAUAUCAGUAUUGGUCUAUUCAGGCAACUAUGUAAAACAUUACAAAAUACUCAAUUAACCCUGAUGCACAAAAUGAAAACUGGUGUUGCAGAGAUUUCCACAAAAACAGAGAUCUCAGUUGUGAUUUGUCUACUGAAUACAGUCUAUUAAGGAUUUUAGGAACUGUUAAACUCCUUUGUUUAAUGUAACCCCUUUAGGCUUGAACUGAUUGAUUGAUUGGCUUUUCAAAUGUUUGAAUAUGUUUCAUAUUUUAAAUGUGCAGUUAACAGAAUCUACCUCAUAUGUUUUCAAAAGAUCUCUCAUGUAAUUACGGUGUUUACAACACAUUUUGAAGGACAAAUUUUACGCCGAAACCAGAGGCAGUUGAAUGUAUAAUUGACAAAAGAGUAAAAGAGAGGAUGGAUUUCUUGCCAUACACCUUGUGCACACUUGCAAAAAGCACUGAAAAAGCCCACCUACCAUUGUUGUGUCCAGUAUCAGAAGUUGUAAAAUCUUUUAACCAAUAAAGAAAAUUUAUUUGUUUUCUGAUAA